UAUAUAUAAUAGGUCGCGAAAUCUGUAGUUACUUUUAUAUAUGUCAGUGUUAAAAAUAUCUUAUACAAGGUAUAUUUUUACGCAUAGUGAAAUCAAAAUCUUGCGAGUAUUCCCUGAAAACUGGAAUUCCGUUUUCUAUGUUACCGGACACUGACCCGGUAGCGGUACCGUUAUUGGGGGUCAAGUUGACCUACUUUUGAUAUGCUUAUUGCAAAAUGACAAUUAAUCUAUUACAAGUUGUAUCAUCAAUGUGGAUAAAAUAAUGAUUGAAAUACAGCAUUCAACAUUAUCGUCUCCUUCCCGUUGUCCCACCGUGUCCUACCUGUUGCAGGUGUAUGAUCAUAUUUUUUUAAACAAAUGCACAAUGAUAAUUAAAUUAAACAAACAAUGAUAAUUAAAAUCUGUGAAACUGAGAUAUGAUCAUACCCUCUCACCCUACCCGAUCAGGGGUGACCCGCCGCCGCUCUCCAGUUCUGUUCCUGACUGAGUUAGCGGCAGUGCUGUGUUACCUGUCUGCUCAUGAGACACAGCAUAUCUCAGCUUCACGUUCCUAGUGUAUCAGCUCCACGUGUUUAAAGUGUACUGACAUUACAUUGAAUGCCUCUUUUUAACUGUUAAUAAGCAGUUUCUUCGUUAAAAUACAAAGGUGCAUACAUUCAUCGGAGGACCGUUAUAAUUUCAACAAUCAACACUCGUCUGGUUGAACGCAGGACAAAACACUGGCAAUGCUGUGCUGGAAUGUGAGAUGCAGUCAUGGACAAUCGUCAUGCUACAGGAUGUUGCGUACAUGUAAGGAAGUGAAUGCCACUCUUCCAUAAUCAAGUCGAGGAAAACAUUACCUUUGAUGACGCAAGGAACGUUAUCUCGGCGGGAUGGUUACACGACGAAGCAUCAGGAGGUUGCUGCCCGUGGUAUGCGCUGUGCUUCUCGUACGCAUAUACGUGAUCAGACUUCAGGAGGGCCAUGGAGAGGACGAUGACUCUGCGCUCCACAGCUGGCACGAGUCCACGUCUAAUGAAGUUAAAUCGGAAAUGGAGGUCCUUCAUGGUCCUUCGGAAACACCGCAGAGUUCCGUCGUGACAGAAACCCAGGAGGUGGAUAUUCUACUGGGGCGAGGAGGAUAUCAGAGCCAUCAGAAGGUGCUUGGCCACGGCGAAGGUCAAGGAACUGCAGUUAACAUGAGUGACAGGACUGAUCUCACCGGUUCUCACGAUCACUCUCCGCUGUGGAUGCGCAUUACAGAUGACCUGUACACCUACAGCGGUUUCUGGGAUUCCCGGCCAUCCUUACCCGAAGGCCCGGUGGCGCGCGUGCUAGGGAUCAUGAGGUACAAGAAGGAGCUCAUGCAGCCUGGUCGGGGGUUUAAGGUCAGCUCAUGGGUGAAGGACAACGUGCUGAACUGUUCUUGCCUUUUGUGGUACACAGAUACAAAUGUUCCUUCUCAAGGAACUCUCAAAGCAUUUGUCUACGAAGAAGGACUGAAGGUUUACGUUGGAACAUUCCUUUUGUGUUAUCCUCUUUCCACUGACGAGGCAAAUAAAGUUGACUCGAUGAGCUCGAAUGCUAGCUCUAAUAACUCCCAGGAAAAGAUUCCAUAUGCUGUCUCUAUCAUACCCAAAGACUGCCAGAAUUCCUCGUAUAGCCUGAUUUAUUUACGAAGGGAAGAAGAGACUGCAAAUGCGAGUGAAAACAGUAGUGCCGUGUGCGUGAGGCCAUUGUUUGGACCUUAUAAUGACCUGGUUGGCAUGGCUCAAUUCAUAUCGUACUAUUCAUCAGUUCUCAAUGUAAAUUACUUUUAUUUUUAUGACCUUGCUCUUAAUGAUGACGUGCGUGAAUAUCUGUCCAAAGUGGCUACCUUAGGAGUGAAAAUCAAUAUUCUUUACUGGAACGUUCCUACAACUGACUGGGAGAAACUGUGGGAUUUAGGAUCACUCACAGCGCUCAAUGACUGCGUGUAUAGGAGUUCCAAGAAACAUACUUAUGUCGCGGUGGUAGAUUUAGACGAGUUCAUUGUGCCCAAAAUGAAAGGUUUGACCCUCGAAGAUAUAUACAAAAAGGUUAUCUCUCACAAGGUGGGAAAUCAUGGUGAUGCCGCCCUCAUUCGAAACGUAUUCUUCUGUUACGAAUUCGAAAACACUAAAAACAAUGCUACAGAUGCGAAUGAAUUGCCAAUAUUCAGAUAUAUCCACCGCGAGGACCGCAUUUGGCCGUCGAAACUGCGCUCGAAAAUGAUCGUGGUGCCGGAAGCGGUCGUGGCUCUCGGUCACCACAUGAUCCACCACUUCGCGAAGGGGAAUCUGAAGAACCACGGAGCACCCAACACCAUCGCCGUCAUGCGACACUACCGCACUUGCAAAGAGGUGAACAUGGGGACCCACGCUACAGGGCCCAGGGUAUUGGACCAGAAAACAGUAAAAGAUGCCAGUAUGAUGAAGUUUAGAAGUUCCAUUUUGAAAUCUAGAGUUCUACAGCUGUACCUACAGUUUAUUCAAAACAAGAUGAAAUCAAAUAGAAUUCUGUGAUGUUACUAUUCAUUAUCAGUCUACACAUACACAUAGACAGAUAUAAUGUACAAUUUAUUCAUUAUGCAAAGAAAAAAUGUUAAGCAAAAAUCAAAUAAAGGUUAGGAUUAACAAAUAAUUCAGGAUAAUUUUCUUUAUAAAUAAAAUAUUCAUGUACAGAAUCAAA